AUGCUCUUUGUACAUAGAGAGUUCGACGACUUUAUUCAUAAAGUGUUCUUUCGAUUUGGAUUGAUUGUACAUAAGUUUCGCUUCGAGUUGUUAGUUGGUUCUCUGCUGUUCACCACAUUUUGUGGAUAUGGCUUCGUAUGGAUUGAAGAACAGACUACAAGGGAUCCACAGUUUGUGUUUUCUCCUCGAAAUGCUCCCUGGAGGUAUGAGCGGAAUGUUUUAUCAGAACAUUGGCCUCUAGACGAGCAGAGCUUUUGGCCGGGUAAAAGUUAUGAUCUCAAUGGCUAUCUAGACAUUAUAGUUGCCGGCAGAGAGCAUCCAAUAUAUGGUAGACCCAAUAUUCUCACUUUAAAAUAUUUGGAUGAGGUUGCUCGUAUUAAUCAGUACAUCAUCCACAACAUCACGGUUCCAGUAGAUAUUGAUGGAAAGCAUUAUGAGGCAGCUUACACUGACUUGUGCAUGACCUAUGAUUGGGCUUGCUAUCUCAAUGACCAUUUAACGAUGUUAAUGCCGAAGGAUCGAUGGGGAAACUUCAGUGGUCCGAUAGCUGAAUUUGCCAGUGAUAUCAUUAAUAAUGAGGUCAACAUCACAUAUCCUAUCGGCUGGAGAGGAUCGGAGCCAAUCUACUUCGGAGCUCUGGUUGGCCAUCCACACCUUGUCGAUCGUGAUGGUCACUUCGAUCACGCUACAGCUCUCCGACUUACCUACAACGUCAGAGAGGAAAAGGUAGGAAAUAUCAGUUAUAUAUGGAGGAAAAAGCUGGCUUCUUGGCUUACCGAUAAACAAAAUCCUCCAUCAGAUCUCGUCGAGUUUGGAGUAACUCACAACGAGUCAUUACCAGAAGGCUUACAAGACGUGGCGGAUACCCUCACUCCGAAAUUUGUUGGAACAUGCACAAUUCUUUUCACAUUCUGCUUCCUUGUGUCCGUUGUGCUUAUCAACCAUGGCAAUGGAUUCAUUGGCAUUGACUGGGUGCGCAGUAAGCCAAUCGUUGCAUGUGCAGGUAUCUGGUGCCCUCUCCUCGCUGUUAUCACUUCGUUUGGGCUACUUCUAUGGCUAGGAGAGCUCUAUAAUGCUAUUGUAAAUGUCUCGCCGUUCCUCGUUUUAUGUAUAGGAAUCGAUGAUCUUUUCGUGAUGUCAGCUGAAUGGCAUCGGACAAAUCCUGAACAUUCGCCGGCUCGACGCAUUGCUGACACACUUUCGGAAGCCGCUGUUGCUAUCACCAUCACUUCUGUGACAGAUAUCAUGACAUUCGGUAUAGGAAUCUUCACAACAUUACCUGGAGUGCGAAUGUUCUGCUUAUAUACAUGCAUACAAGUGACAUUCACAUACAUUUACCAAUUGACUUUUUUCUCGCCUGUACUUGCUUAUGCAGCUGAAAUGGAAAAUGACGGCACUCAUUCUCUUUUGUUCAGAAAGGCCAUGGAGCCAAACGAUGAAACCUCAAGGUGGAAGCUAUUUUUCUUGGCUGGUUCCGUAAGCAGAAAAUCUUUGGAGAGCACGAAAGUCGUACCGCAGACAACCUCACCAGAACUCAAGAAGAAACCAAGUGGAUGGAAAUCAAAACUGAAUAUGGCUAUCAGGAAGAUGGAAACAAAACUUGAACACAACGAGCAGAACGUUAACGUUGUACCACAUGAGGAAACUUUUGUUAAUAAGUUGUUUCGAGAAAUCAUCGGACCAUUUAUAUUGGAACGUAGCACACAGGUUUGUGCUACUCUGCUUUAUCUCGUGUACAUAGUGCUAGCAAUAUUUGGUUGCUUGAACAUGCAAGAAGGUUUAGAUCCAAAGUUUCUUGUUCGCGAAUCUUUCUAUCUUAGCAAUUUUUAUAAACUCAUUGACGAGACCUUUUGGCAAGAAGGUUUGCAAAUGCAAGUGGUUGUGAACCGUCCGCCAGAUCUUUUCAAUUCAACAACCAGAGCAGAUUUCUCCAAAAUGAUGAACGAUUUUGAAAAUACGCACUACACCAUGAAUCACAACGCUACGAUGAUCUGGUUGAAUGCAUAUGAACUGCAUCUUGACAGAGAGAAGAAUGAGUUGAAUAUUGAAAAACCGAAGAGCUCGAAGGAAUGGUAUCACCGUUGUCGAGAUUGGCUUUUAGUAGCAGGUGGGCGGAGACUGUGGGAAAAGGAUAUGGUAUGGGGACAAUCCGAUGAGGAUUUUUACACAUUGAAAGCCUUCCGUUUCCAACUUGGUCUCAGAAAUUAUCGUACACCGACCGACCACACGAAUAGUUGCAAGCUGAUGAGAGAAAUUGCUUCAAGAUAUCCACAAUUCAAUGUCACUACUUUCCACGAGUACUACCCAUUCGCAGAUCAGUAUUUGGAGCUGAAACCAUCCCUCAAACAAAAUUUUACUCUUGGCUUGCUCUCCAUGCUGGCAGUGACCCUCAUCAUGAUACCCGAUAUGAGAGCAGCAUUUGCAGUUGUUGUGUGUAUUGCCAGCAUCAAUACAGGAGUACUGGGUUUCAUGACGUUUUGGGGAGUAAACUUAGACAGUGUUUCAAUGAUUACGGUCAUAAUGUGCAUUGGCUUUGCUGUUGAUCUAUCGGCGCAUAUCGCCUACGCAUACUCUCAAGCUUACGGUACUUCCCAUGAGCGAGCUGUGUUUGCCAUGGAGACGCUGGGAUGGCCAGUAUUUUUGGGUGCCUCUUCUACUAUUCUUGGCAUAAUGGUCUUGACACUCGUUGACUCUUACAUCGUACAAAUUUUCUUCAAAACAGUCUUCUUAGUAGUAUCAUUUUCAAUGCUCCAUGGUCUCUUAUUCCUUCCUGUUCUUCUUAUGAUAAUUAUACCAGAGACAAGAGAGAAAAAGUCGAAUAAUAAGGUACAUGAUAAGCCGAAACCCGUAUUCACCUGCGACAAUCAGCCUGAUUUACGAGAAGAGUUCCCCAAGCCCAUGAAGCAGUGUGUCGGAGCUGCGCCUACUGAAGAUAUGAAAGUCUCAUCAUCUGCUACUAAUCUUGGAGCAGAUGAAUCUGCGAAAGCCAAUGACGUGGAUGUAAUAAUCACUGCUGAAGAACACGAUGGAAAGGUCAUUACACCUGUUAAUCGGUCUUAUUAA